GUUCAAACCCGGAAAUAACGGAGUGUAAUAAAAAAGCUGCACGAGUUUGAUGUAGAGUAAACUUUCUCUGCAUUUGACGAUUUCAACAUGGAGUCACCCCUGUUUCCCAGAGAGUCUGGGCAGUUCAUAGCAGAGCGGAGUCAGGAUGUGUUUGUGGAAGAGGAAGGCGUGCAGAAGGUGGCGGAGAUGCUCUACAAACUGCGACACAGUGACGAUCUGACCGCCAGUGGCUGGAAGAAAGCAAACCCAUUGGCUCCGGCACCCGACUCUGACCAGGCCCUGAACUGGGUGUUUGUGGUGGACACCAUGAACUUUUCUUUUUGGCCAGAGAAGGAAACUGAACAGUGUGAGGUGACCUUUAAAGGGAUCACAUACACAGGCUACAUGACCCUGUGUGCUGCCAUCACCAGAGCCAUGGAGGAAGGUGUCCCGAUCACUGAUCCGAAGUACUUCUCUCAGAUGAGUGAGGAGGAGCUGGGACACGUCCUGCGAUCAGACAACCAAACCGCCAUGCCAAUGCUUCAGGAGCGACACAAGGCGCUGACUGAAGGGGGGCGUGUUCUGUUGGAAAACGGUGGAAGCUUCCGUAGUUUUAUCAGCAAAGCUGGGAACGACGCCCAGAAGAUGGUGGAGCUCAUCGUUGAGAAGAUCCCAUCCUACAGGGACGAGGCUACAUAUGAGGGCAGGAGAAUCUCAUUCUACAAGCGUGCUCAGAUCCUGGUGGCAGAUUUCUGGGGUGUCAUGGCAGCCCGAGGUGAAGGAGACCUCAUCAACAUGGACUGGCUGACCAUGUUUGCAGACUACCGGGUGCCUCAGGCUCUCGUCUACCUCGGGGCUCUUCGAUAUUCUGAUGCACUGAUGCAAGCACUGAAGAAAGGCGAGCUGCUGAGCUCAGGAGACAGGAGAGAGGUGGAGAUCCGGGGUUGUUCGAUCUGGUCUGUGGAGCAGAUCAAACAGUGUCUGUGUAAGAUGGUGCAGGAGAGAGACGGACAGACCUGCAGCGUCAAUUCGGCAAUCAUUGACUUCUACCUGUGGCCGUAUGCCAAGCAGCACCACAAAGAGAUGGCCCACAUUCCCAUACACCACACGCGCUGUAUUUACUACUGAAGAGCGGGCUGGCAGCAGCACAUACAGUAGGCGGCAAUUCUCAGAGUGCAGCCUUGGCAUCGGUGUCUCUCUCUGGGAUAAAUCAGAGCAUGCCUCUGUGCCAGAUUUAUGUAUCAAUGAUCCGCUCUUUAGUCCUCAUUAAAAAAAGGUGUCAAGCUCUAAUGUAGCUUGUAGGGCUGUAUGGAUGAAGCUACUGUUUGCCUUUUAAAGUUAAUUCAAUCAUUCUUGAUCAUUUACCACAAGAGUAUUCAAUACUGUACUGUGUCUGACCAAACCAUUCCAGAGAAAUGUGCCUAGUAAAGGAAAUUUGUUCAUGUGAUUUGACAAUUAAUGUUAAGAAUAAAGUAUUUUUGUAAGAUA